AUGGGGGAUUUUGGUGAACCAACUUAUGUACAGGCACAUGGAGGUAAGAACGAUGUAAUUUUGUAUCGAUCGAGAACGAAUCCCGAUUUGGCCAUUGAAUUUUUCUUUCGGUCAUCGUCUAAAGAUGGUCGUUCACGUUAUUAUCGUUGUACGAAUUGUUGGUAUUUGUACAAGCAAAACCGUGGCACUUGCGCGACAUUAAUUGUCCGCGAUGGUCGUAUAAUAACAGAUCCAGAGAACCCUGUAGUACCACAUCAAUGUAAUUUUAAAACAAUGGAAGCAGUGACAGCCAAUCGUUCAUGGAUUGCGAAUCGAAAACGUCGUUCAAAAAUGGAAUUAAUGAAAUUGAUAUUCGGUCGAAAGGCACCUGAAAAUGGUAAUAAAAGGUCGAAUAAUUCUAAAGAGAGGCCUUCUGGACCUUUGUCUGAUUCACUUAUUUCGUCAGUUAAUACUUCAACCAAUCUGUUGGAGAAUAUGUCGCGGUCGAAUUCACAAGGGUCCUCCGAUUCUGAGUCGUCUAACUGUGCAGAUACUUCACCGAGGUCAAGUACUUUUACUUCCAUCAUAGAUGCUGCAUUUAGCCAUUCUAUGAAAAAUGAAUAUGAACAAGCUUUAAGCCAAUUGAAAAUUGCCUACGAAUUGAAAGAGCCUUUUGACGUUGAUGACGUCUCUCUAGUCGAUAAUGUAUUCGCUUGUCGAUUAAAUGCAGCCUCUGAUCCUCAACAGAAAUUAACUUUAUGUGAAGAGUGGCUUGAUUUUUUGCUAACUCUUACUCUUCCUCAAGUUAUUUCAUCGAGAUGGCUUGCACCAUAUCAAUUUUCUAUAUAUUAUUGCUUUCAUUUGGGAUAUUUAUUGUUCCGACAGGUGGCAGACAGUGACAAAAAAAAGUUUGCUUUCUACGAAUUGGCUAAAACUUUUUAUGUGAACAUAAUGGAUGUCGUGAAUAAUCUUUCUGAGCCAGCUGAUGAAAUAGUGAUAUUAAAAUUGGAUAUUCUCAUUGCCAUUUCUUAUUUAUAUGGUCAAUAUUAUGACGUUUCUGAUGGUUAUUUAGGAAUCUUUGCGAAAGAGCAACUUACUGCGCUCCAUGAAACAUUGCCACCAAAUCUUUCUGAAGAAGUAAUGAAUUCGGUGACGCAUAAAACUAUUCGUGUCAAUAAAAAUCUAGACGAAGGUUGUCGAGCUUUCUGUCCAAAGCAGAAUGCACUUGAAUCUUGUAAAUAA